GGGGCGCGGGGAACGCCGGGACGGCGGCGGCGGCACGCGGCGGGGCCGGAGCCGGGAGCGGGGCCGCGAUCGCGUCGGGGUCCGUGCCGGGGGCCGCAGGGCCCGAGCUCCCCGCGCCGCCAUGGGCAAGAAGACCAAAGCGGGCAGGAGCCGGCGGGACAAGUUCUACCACCUGGCCAAGGAGACGGGUUUCCGCUCCCGCUCCUCCUUCAAGCUGCUGCAGCUCAACCGCCGCUUCCAGUUCCUGCAGAAGGCCCGGGCGCUGCUGGACCUGUGCGCGGCCCCCGGCGGGUGGCUGCAGGUGGCUUCCAAAUUCAUGCCGGUUUCCAGCUUGAUCAUUGGAGUGGAUUUGGUUCCGAUCAAACCUAUUCCCAAUGUGGUGACGCUGCAGGAGGACAUCACAACCGAGAAAUGUCGCCAGGCUCUGCGCAAGGAGCUGCAGACGUGGAAGGUGGAUGUGGUGCUGAACGACGGAUCGCCCAAUGUGGGAGCCAGCUGGGUGCAUGAUGCCUACUCCCAAGCCAACCUGACCCUCAUGGCUCUGAAACUGGCCUGCGAGUUCCUCUGCAAAGGUGGCUGGUUCAUCACCAAGGUUUUUCGCUCCCGGGACUACCAGCCACUCCUCUGGAUCUUCCAGCAGUUCUUCCGCAAGGUCCAGGCCACCAAGCCCCAAGCUUCCCGCAAUGAAUCCGCUGAGAUCUUCGUGGUGUGCCAGGGUUAUCAGGCUCCAGACAAAAUUGACAGCAAGUUCUUUGACCCAAAAUACGCCUUCAAGGAGGUCGAGGUUCAGGCCAAGUCUGUUAGUGAGCUGGUCAGCAAGAAGAAGCCAAAGGCAGAAGGCUAUGCGGAUGGUGACACGACGCUUUACCACCGCUUCACCCUGAUGGACUUCCUCAAGGCUCCCAACCCUGUGGACUUCCUCUCCAAGGCCAAUGAGAUCACACUGGGGGACGGAGAGCUGGAGAACCACAGUUCCACCACAGAGGAGCUGCGUCAGUGCUGCAAGGACAUCCGCGUGCUGGGGCGCAAGGAGCUCAGAGCCCUGCUGAACUGGAGAACGAAAUUGCGGCGUUUCUUGACUAAAAAGCUGAAAGAGCAGGCAAAGGAGCUGGACAUCAACCUGAGCUCUGGUGAAGAGGAGGAAGGCCGGGAGGAGAAGGAGAAGAAAACAUCACCAAAAGCCACAGCUGAUGAGGAGGGGAAAGAAGAAGAAGAGGAGGAGGAGGUAGAGCUGGCAUUAGCAGAGAUGAAGGCCAAGGAGCUGGCAGAGUUGAAAAGAAAAAAGAAGAAGAUCUUGAAGGAACAGCGGAAGCAGCGUGAACGUGUGGAGCUGAAGAUGGAUCUUCCUGGUGUCUCCAUCGCUGAUGAUGGUGACACCAGCAUGUUCUCCCUCCAGACUAUCCACAGGACCCAGCUGCUGAAUGAGGUGGCCCGGGGAGACAUGGCAUCAGCAGAUGCCCUUCUGGAGAUGCGACCUGAGGACGAUGACAUCUGUGUCUCUGAUCCGGACGAGGCUGACGAUGUGUCCCUGGCCAGUGAUCUGGACCCAGAGGAGUUGGUGGAGAUAGAGGCUCGGCAGCGCCAGCUGGAGCGGGAGAGACGAGGGCAGGGUGCAAAGAGGGUGAAGCCUGAGCAGGAGGAAGAAGAUGCAGAGGAGAAUCCUCUCCUCAUGCCUCUGGAGGAGAAGUCAGUGCUGGAGGAGCGGCAGACCAGCCUGUGGUUUGGGAAGGAUGCCUUUGCUGGCAUCGAGGAUGAUGCGGAUGAGGACCUGGAGCUGGGGCAGUCACAGAUGUUGGCUGAGAGACAGCGCAAGUCCCAGACAGACAAAGCAAAGAGGAAAGGGCAGAAGAAGAAGGUUCCCCAGGAGGACACCAUGGCCGAGCCUCAGGCUGCAGCAGACACAGCAGCUGAUGCUGAUGAAGCACAGGCUGAGCAGAGCAGCGAUGACGAUGACAGCAGCAGUGAUGAGGAGAGGCCACCAACACCCGUGGAGAGGAAGCGGGGCCGGGUUGAGCCGUGUGGCUUUGAGGUGGUGCCCAUUGAGGACCCAGUGAAGAAAGCACGUGUCCUGGAUGCAGAGGGUCUGGCACUUGGCUCCGUCAUUGCCACCUCCAAAAAGGCCAGGCGGGACCUGAUCGACGACUCGUUCAACAGGUACUCCUUCAAUGAGGAGGAGGGAGAACUGCCAGAGUGGUUCACGGAGGAGGAGAAGCAGCACCGGCGCAAGCAGAUACCCCUGGACCGGCAGACGGUUGAGGAGUAUCGGCAGCGCUGGCGCGAAAUCAAUGCCCGCCCCAUCAAGAAGGUGGCGGAGGCCAAGGCCCGAAAGAAGCGUCGGAUGCUGAAGAAGAUGGAGCAGAUGAAGAAGAAAGCAGAGGCCGUGGUGAGCACGGUGGAUAUCUCAGAGCGGGAGAAGGUGGCCCAGCUGCGGCGCAUCUACAAGAAGGCCGGGCUGGGCAAGGAGAAGCGGCAGGUCACGUACCUGGUGGCUAAGAAGGGUGUAGGACCCCGGGUGCGUCGCCCCCCUGGUGUCAAGGGACAGUUCAAGGUCGUUGACAGCCGCCUGAAGAAGGAUGUAAGGGCUCAGAUGCGCAAAGACCAGAAGAAGAAACGCCGCAAGUGAUAUGGGACGUGGCUCAGGGCGCUGGACAGGGCUGGCUCCUGUCCCCCCAGCACAGCCUCAGGAGCUUCUGCCUUGCCCUGCUGCUCCCCCAUCGUGGGGACAGGGCUGGGACAGCCACUCGCUCCCGUAACUCAGUGCCUUCAUGUCAUUGCCUCUUGUCCCGCAGUGGGGCAGGGAGGGUUGAUUUGGGCUCAGGGCUGUAGCAUCAACCCCCCUGCCCAGGCUGGCUGUGUGGCUGCAGCUCCAGGGCUGUCACUCUUGCUGGUUCUGCUGGGGUGCUGCUCGGACCCUUGCGCUGUAGAGAUGGCAACGAGCACCCUUCCAGUCCUCGCUGUCCCCACAGGGGUUGUGGCCACGUUUGUCACUGAAGUCCCAGGGCUGCAUGGGGCUGUGGGUGUUGAGCCCUGAGGCAGGACAGUGCCUGUGGUCUGUACAGAACCGUUCCUCAUUUACAACAAAAAUAAACCCCAGUCUGAGGUUGUCUCUGGGA